AUGGAUUUCGCCGGCGUCGCACGUAUCCAGCUAGUCCAAGACGAGGUCCAGGAACGAUCGAUGGGUUCGGUCGAGGGCGUGGGCGAGGGGAUUGUCGUCUCUAAGAAGCGCAGCGGCUAUGUCAGCGGUGAUCCAGCAGGCGAGAUGAGGCACAAGGGAGGUAGAGGCAGAAGCAUAGGAGAAGGAAUAGGAAACAUACUUGACUACGCAGAGCAAUCAGUUGGCGUGGAAGUGUUGGAUGGGUGA